CAAAAUUAUUCAUAUUAUUACUAUCCCCACCCCACUACACCCCUACAAUAACAACAAUGUUGUCUAUCUUUCGACAAUACACAUUCGAUGACUCAUUCGAACAAGUCUUCAUAUCCAACAAAUUCCUAAAAGAAUACCAAAUUGCCCUCACAUUUGCCACAGAUUACGACCAAAACAACAUACCCACAAAUGGAAUUUUCACACCCAAUUGGGACACAACAAAAGUCACACCUGAAACAAUAACCGAUCUAAAAAACAAAAACCCUGAAGUCAACAUUAAAGUCUACAUUAGUAUCGGUAACAGUGGCACCAAAUUCCCAUUUUGUCCUCGAAACAACAAAACAUGGAUUCUCAACGCAACAAAAUCACUCACAAACAUCAUUAAAAACUACGAAGAUUGCGAUCUCCAAGUCGACGGGAUUGAUGUUUUGUACGAAUGUAUCGAAGCUUCACCCGUUGACUUUGUUGAAUGCAUUGGUCAACUUAUAAAGAAUUUAAAGGAAAACGGUGUUAUAAAAGAAGCUUCUAUUUCUCCUUCUUUUGCUCUCAACAAAGAAUAUUAUUUCUUGUUGUAUAAGAGCUAUUCUUCUCUCAUUGAUUGGGUUGAUUAUCAGUUUCAAAACGAGGUUGUUCCUGUUUUUGCACCCAAUAAAUUGACGGAGGUUUAUGAUGAUUUGGUAAUGGAGUUUUAUCCGAGGAAGAAACUGUUUGCUGGAUACAGUGCUGAGAAUGAGGAUUGGGCUACGUUGUCACCGAUUGUGUUUUUUCUUGGUGGAAUGAAUAUUCUCAAGAAGAGAAAAGGUCCUGGGAUUUCAAUUCAUUACCAUAAUUACUAUCAACAAAACGAAAAUAAUGAGUGAUCUAUAUGAUAUGUGUAUGUAUACUUUAAUUAUAUUAUGUUGCAUGAAAUAAGACCCAUGGAUGGUGAUAAAAUAUUCUAGCUGGCUUUUAAUAUAUCAUAUGCAUGUUAAUUGCUGUAUAUAUGUUUCUCAGCAAAUGACAAAUGUUAACUUGUGAUAUAGUCUCACACAAGUUCCAU